AUGGAUGAAGAUGAUCAAUUUUUUAUAGAUGACAAUAGUGAAGACGCGGAAGAAGAAGGAUCUGACGAUGAUACUGGCUUUUUCCCUAUCGAUGAAUCCAUUGUACAUUCAACCAAUGUAACAACAACACGAACAGCGCCAGAACAGUUACCAGCGAAAUUCUCCUCCGGUAUUAGUGGAGCAUCGAAUAAUUAUCCACUAGAUAAUAAUUUCGAAUAUGUUGUUCUAUCACAAGAUGAAAUAGUCAAAUAUAUGGUUGAAUGUAUAAAAGAAGUGAAUGAAGUUAUCAAACUACCAACAACAACUGUACGCUUAUUAUUACAUCACUUUCGAUGGGAUAAAGAAAAAUUAAUGGAACGUUUUUAUGAUCCGAAUCAUCAAGAUGAACUAUUCCGUCAAGCACAUAUUGUUAAUCCAUUUAAAAAAGCUCCUCAACUACAAACACAAUUAUCGAAUUCAUCACAUCGUUCAGCACGUCGGCAAACUUCAGUGACGUCACCUUCACAUUCAAUAACAACAGUAAAUCCACUCAGACCUUCAACGGAACAAACAUGUGCUAUAUGUUGUUCAACAAAAUCGGCAAAUGAGAUGGCUGGUUUAGAAUGUGGUCACAUUUUCUGUACUGAUUGUUGGCGACAUUAUUUAACAACAAAAAUAAUUGACGAAGGCAUCGGACAAACAAUACCAUGUCCAGCUAAAUGUGAUAUUCUAGUGGAUGAUAGAACCGUUUUGGGUCUCAUCGAAAUACCAGCAGUUCGUCGAAAAUAUCAACAUCUAAUAACCAACUCUUUUGUUGAAUGCAAUCGUAAUAUGCGUUGGUGUCCAGGCAAUAAUUGUACUAAUGCAAUUAAAGCAUCGUAUUGUGAUGUUGCUAUGGUAACAUGUACAACUUGUAAGACAUCAUUUUGUUUUCAAUGUGGUCAAUCGUGGCACGAACCAAUCAAAUGUAAAUGGCUUAAAAGAUGGCAAAAGAAAUGUCAUGACGAUAGUGAAACAAGCAACUGGAUUUCUGCGAAUACAAAAGAAUGUCCCAAGUGUCAUGCGACCAUUGAAAAAAAUGGUGGCUGCAAUCAUUUAAUAUGUAAAAAUCAAUCUUGCAAAUAUGAAUUUUGUUGGAUAUGCUUGGGACCAUGGGAGCCUCAUGGUUCAUCAUGGUAUAAUUGCAAUCGUUUUAAUGAAGAUGAUGCUAAAAAAGCUCGCGAUGAUCAAGAACGUUCUCGUGCUGCACUACAACGUUAUCUUCAUUAUUAUAAACGUUAUCACAAUCAUCAUGAAUCAUUAAGAUUAGAGAGUAAAUUAUUAGAUCAAGUCCAGAAACGUAUGGAAUCGAUGCAGCAACAAAUGAGCUGGAUUGAAGUACAAUUUCUACAGGUAGCAUGUGAUGUACUUCGACAAUGUCGUCAAACAUUAAUGUAUACUUAUCCAUUUGCUUUUUAUCUCAAACGAAAUAAUCAUUCAAUUAUUUUUGAACAAAAUCAAGCUGAUUUGGAACACGCAACUGAAGAACUCAGUGGCUACUUGGAACGAGACUCAACUCAAACAACAAAUCUUACUGAAAUGAAACAAAAAGUACAAGACAAAUAUCGUUAUUGUAGUACACGUCGUAAAGUAUUAUUAGAUCAUGUAACUGAAGGAUAUGAAAGUGACUAUUGGGAAUAUAAUGAAGAUGUAUGA